UCCAAACCCCAAGUCAGUCGUACUCGUACGCAUCAUUAUUCUCCCUCUCUCUCUUCUCUUCUCUUCUCCUUCCUUCCAGCUUUUUCCGUUGCUCUCUCAUAUUUUUUCUGCUGCUUCUCCCUUCCUCCUUCCCUUCUUGUCCUCUUGUUUGGUCGGGAGGUUUUCGCCGCUCCUUCCCUUCGAGGAGCUCCUCCAUCGUGAAAAUGAAGGGAGGAAAGGGAAAAGGGGCAACAAAGAAGGAAACAAAGGAAGCGAUGAAGCCAGCUGAUGACAGAAAGGUUGGGAAACGCAAGGCUGCUAUUAAGGCGGAUAAGAGUAGCAAAAGACGGACCAAGAAAGAACCGAAGGCCAAAAAGGAUCCCAACAAACCAAAGAGGCCUGCUAGUGCUUUCUUUGUUUUCCUCGAAGAGUUCAGGAAGCAAUACAAGCAAGAACAUCCUAAUGUGAAAGCUGUCUCAGUUGUUGGUAAAGCUGGUGGAGAGAAGUGGAAAUCAAUGUCUGAUGCUGAGAAAGCUCCAUAUGAAGCCAAAGCUGCAAAAAGGAAGAGUGAAUAUGAAAAGCAAAUGUCUGCUUACAAUAAGAAACAAGAAAGUGUGGCUGAUGACGGUGAUGAUGAGUCUGAUAGGUCAAAGUCUGAAGUCAAUGAUGAGGAUGAAGAGGAAAGUGGAGAAGUGGUUGGCUGUAGCAUCACUCGUUUCUAUCUGUUCUUCAGGAAUUGUUGCUUCAGUUAGCACACUAUUGGCGAAUGCUGCAUCUUCUUUCCAUGUGUUGGCUGAUUUGUCUGUUUUUCUUCUGAUUUUACUGUUUCUAGGCUCUCCAACUGGCUAAUGAACUGGCAUUAUGAUCUUCACCUUGUGCGUUGAUUUUCGUGAAUACUAGCUUAAAUCCAUGGCAUGUUAUGCUUGAAUUCCAGGUUUGUGGAACCUAGUAUGGGGCGUCACGCCAUGCAAGCUUUGGUGCUUUGACUCUCUUUGUAACCAAAGCAGCCAUUUUGUAUUUCGCUUAAAUAAAAAUAUGUUGCAGUAAAAGUUUUCACUAUAGUUGGAGAA